ACCACUAGAUGGAUUAUCUUUGUUUUGUACCGGCUCUGGCACCGGCUGAUUAGAUGUAAUGAUAGGUUUUUUGUUAUCUUUACACAGUAUACAAAAGUAUUUUUUUCAAUAGGUCAUAAUACAAAGGUCUUUAUAAGUAGAUGAUUCUUGUGCAAUACAGCUACUUUAUUUCAAGAAUUUAUUUUUAGUAGAAUUUUUGCUAGAAAAACUUGUGUACUACUGCGAUAUGGCUUCAACAAGAGUAUUAAAUCAUAUUUUUCAGAGAAGACACUUGGUCAUGUCAAAUACAUUUUAUUGCCAUAGCAUUGUCUUUAGACACAAUGCUUGGUAUUCAACAAAGAAAUCUAUAACAAAAGUUGAUUCCAAUGAAACUAACAAUAAAAUACAGAUUGGCACUGCAGAAGUAGUUAAAGAAAACUUGAAAUCUGCUGGGUACUUAGGGGUGAUUAUAGGUGGCAUUGGAAUCACAGCUUUGAUAUUUUAUGCAUUAUUUUCCGAACUAUUUUCUAGCAAAAGUCCAUAUGCUGUCUAUAGUCAAGCACGACUCCGUUGUAUUGAACAUCCAAAAGUUAUGGAUAUUCUUGGAGCACCUGUAAAGGCUUAUGGAGAUGAAACUCGACGUGGCCGCAGGAGACACAUUAGUCACAUGUACUACAUUAAGCAGGGUAUUAAAUAUAUGAAAAUACAGUUUUAUGUAGAAGGAACGAGAAGACGUGGUACGGUAUAUGCGGACGUAAAGGAAAAUAAAUCUGGCAAUUAUGAAUAUACAUACUUGUAUGUUACCGUGAAUCAUGUUGGAACAAUAGUAAUAGAAGACAAUAUUAAAAUCCAACAAGAUGAAGAGUUAAUGAACACUACUUAAUUUAACAUGUAAUAAUUGAUAAUUGUGCAUGUAUCUGUAUAUUGUGUAAAUACCUAGUAUUUUAAAUCGAUAUAUAAUACGAUUUUAAUACAUAUGAUUUUUUUCUACAAAUUUACGUUAUUUUUCUUGUUGGUAGAAAGUGAUAGAAGAUAGCUAUAUCAAAGCACUAAUAAUUGCUGAUUAAUACAUGUACAAUACACUUUGCAUAGUAAGUCAUUUUGUCCUUUUUUUUCAAAUAUGUAUACAUAUAUUUUUUUAUUAUA